AUGGAAUCAACCGGCCAUGAGAUGUUCCCUGUAUCUCUUCAAAGAAACCCCGGACCCAUCCAAACACCAUUCACUCUCCGCCAGCUAUACCAGACGGGUAAACUGAGGAAAUCAGGGCUGAUGGAGCAGCCAGAGGCCAGCCAAUAUCUAAAUAAAAAGAUUUGUGCAAUACGGGGCAACGUUGUCCAGCUCCCCGUCGAUGGGGUUAUUACGGCCGCCAAUACUGAACUCUCAGGAAGUCAUUGGGCCAACAACAUCGACAGUGCCGUCCACCAAGCUGGUGGCCAGGAACUACGCCAGGCGUGCCGUGCUCUGAGAGGCUGUGCGGUCGGUUCAGCCAAGGCCACCAACGGCCACGGACUUGCCGCAACGUGGCUAAUUCACGCCGUGGCGCCUGUCUUCGGCAGCGCCAUGCAAGGCGAGCGUGGACUGCAACUCAGGUCUGCAUAUCUGGAUGGAAUGCGAUGCGCCGUUGACCAUCGCUGCCGAACGAUUGCUAUUUCGUGCCUGUCAAUCGGGCCGUAUGGCUUUCCGACUGGGACGUCGGCAUUGAUUGCUUUUGAAGCAAUCAAAGAGUUCCUGCUGGGACCCAGUGGCCAUAGCCUCAGAAGGGUGGUCCUUGUUGUGACUACCCCCCACGAGGCGGAGGUGUACGCGCGGUGCUUGCCUCGAUACUUUCCUCCGACCCGGUCCGACCUGGGUCUGCCCCCAACCGAGCCACUCCUCCCCGCCCUCACUUUCCAACCUUGGGGCCCCUCGGGCUACAGGAAUUCUGGCCCGUAUGGCCAGAUUUUUUGCCACCCGGCCGUAGGAGAUGGGCAGAACGGGGUCCGACCGGAAGAUGAAAGAGUCCCUCUCGAGAUAGAGGACAAUGACCACGCCGAGGACCCGGUCAGCAUCAUCGCAGGCAUCAAGGACACCUUUCGCGGUUGGUUUGCUUGCUUUUGA